GUCCUGGGUCAAGAAACCCUGCGCCUCGUUUGGGCAGAGAUGCGAGAUAUUGUGUUACCGUCUGAAGUCUCGCGCGCACCAGGCAAAGCGGGCGCUCCAGGUCAAGGCUCGCUCUCUGCAGACGAAUGGCGAACAUUCUGCACCGUCAAUCUCGUCAUUACUCUGGGUUGGGCCUGGGGGUCCCUCCCGAGUGAUCGCAGAGAGAGAAAGCUAUUAGAUAACUUCAUGAAUUUGGUAACCGUUGUCAAGCUUGCAACGGCGAGGUCGGUGACGUCACGGAGCUUAUGGGAGAUCCAGACGAACAUGCACCAGUAUCUCAAACAGCUGCUGGUGCUUUUCCCCGGGACAAGUGUCAGUCCGUAUCAGCAUAUGUGCCUGGGGCAUCUCGCAACCGUGUUCGAGACCUUGGGACCUGCACCCGCCAUUUGGUGCUUUGUCUUUGAGCGUGCCAACUUCAUUCUGCAAAGGAUCAAGACAAAUAGCCGCAUAGAUGAUCUUUCCGCCACUCUGCUGAACCGCUUCUGCACCCGGCAAAACUUACGAGCGCUCUUCUCCCGCUUGGCGCUACCCCAAAUGCUUCGAGGCAUCAUACCCACAUUCGUAAAAACAUUCGAGUCUGACAUCAGAGGAACUCUUAACAGUAUUCUCUCCGAGUCCUUGAACCCAGAGGCCAACGAGAACGUCGAGGGAGACGAAGACGAUACAAGAAGGGUACAUAAGCUGUACACUCUGACACAGGAAGUCUUCGAUGCUCUGCGCACGCGCCUAGACCAGCCAAGUCGCCGCGCAAUUCCGCUCAAGGUCAUGGAGCUACGGGGAGCUCGGUACAAGCCCAUGGCGGCAGCUCAGCACGACAGUAUCGUUGUUUUCAGAAGGAACGACGACGCAGACUGGCAAGCUGGCUGCAUACGUGAACUAUUCAAGCAAGAAGGAGCGCUCGCAGGCGACUCUGACCAAUGGACGACAUGGCUUAUCGUCGACGUGUAUAAGCCUCUCACCUCACAGCACGAAGAGCGUGAUCCGUACAGAAACUUCCCGAUCGCUGGUGGCCGGCUGUUCUACUCCGAGUUCCUUCCCAAACCAGUCGCACUGGUGGCCGAAGAGAUCAUAUGUCAUGCGGCGCUGAUGAGAAGGAUUUUGCCAACCACAGACGUUGAAUGCGUCCACGUCCUACCGCUAGACAAGGUAUGA